AUGUUUUAAUAGAACAAUUCGGAAACUCUUCCAGAAGAAUAAGAAAAUAACUCUUAAGAAUCAUAGCACACUUAGAAUGACAAUCAGAAUAUGAACCCCAACUAAAAUCAACCAUAAAAUUAUUUUUGGCGUAAUGUUCCAUAUUCAGACCAUUAAAUAGCAUAAAAAAAUUAAAUAGAAAAGUUAAUUCUUGAUUUUGAAGCCCUUCCAAGUGAUAGAGCAAUUCAUAGAUUAUAUUUAGAAAAAAUUUGCAAUAAAUUCUAAUAAAAUUUUUUAUCUGAUUACGAUGAUGUUACAGAUUUUGAAUAAUUAAACCAAAUAAAUGAGAAGUAAUAUAAGCAAAGAAAAUAAAAUUUGGAAUCUUAACUAUCUUUAACACCCAACCUUAUUCAUGAUUGGGGUGAUAAAGUAAAUUUUUCACAAUUAUAUUAAAUAAUGAAAAUUAUCAAAAGUCCUAAUAGAAGUUUCUACAUAACAAAGGACAUAACUAAAGAAAUCUACUUUGAUGAAGUUAAAGAGAAUUUAAAUUCUGAAGAAUUAGAGUAUUUGAAUAAUUUUAAUGGUGAGUAAGAAGCUCUAAAAUGGUAAGGUAUAUUCAAGAAUUUUUAAGUUCAACCAAUUAAUAUUUUAAGGAAACAAUUAGAUCUAAUUAAAGAGCAGGAAUUUAAAAAGGAAGAUCAAGUAAAUUCUGUUUUAUUAAUGUAUUAGUCCAUGUGCUUUGAGAUAUAUAAAAUAGUGGCAUUUCCAUACUCAUAAUUAGGUUGUUUAUAAAAAUAUGAUGCUGAAUCUCAAAGUGUUCAUUUUUAACUACCAAAGAAUAUAAAUAUUGAGGUUAGAGCUAAUGAAAUAGAAUAAAAUCCAAUUGUGAAUAAGAAUUCCAUAAUUAGCCUGAUUCCAAACUCUGUAUUUUAGAGUAAUAUACUCUCAUUUCUAUGUAUUAUAGACUUAUUCAAAUUAAGAAUAGUAUGUAGAUAUUUUAAAACAAUGUAAUAAUAUUCUGAUUGAUUGGUAGGGUUGAAAAAUAUUGGCAUAUUUCUUAAAAGAAAGAAAUUAAAGAUUAUGAAAUAGCAAAAGAUAUAGCUUUAAACAAUGAACACUUCAUGAAUUUAAAUAUAGCAGCUUAAAGAAUGAAAUAGAAAUUGCGAGCUAGUGUUGAUAUGAUAAUGAACAUUAUUAAUUGGGAAGAUUUACAACAAUAAAUAGAAACCAAUUAAAUUGAAAUUGAUGUUUAUAGACCACUUAUAAUGAUGUUAAGAUUAUUUAAUAAAUAAUAAGUGAUCUGUUACCAUUAUGAAAUUAACGGCGAAUUUAGUAUUCUACAAUUAGCCAAGGACAUUAAAUAAUAGAUUCAUGAUUACUUAAACUUGGAAUUUUUACCUUUAAGUUUUAAAUAAAUGAGACAAAUUUAAUAAUAGGCAUUGUCAGCACCAGAAUUUAAUUUAUUAGGUGUAAUUAAUCCUGAAUUAAGCUUGGGUUAAUUACUUACAUUUCUACUCUAAGCUCUAUAUUUUCAUGGUUGGAUGCAGUAAAUGAUUGCAAUAUACAAGGAAAUAUUAAAAAAGAGAAAAAAGUAUAAAUAUCAUUAAUAAGUAGGGAAUUAUAAAUUUAUGAUUAAUAACAAAAUUAUAAUAAUGAAUUUUUGAAAUAAGCUUUUAAAUAUAUUUACAAAAUGAUUGAUUAUUCACCUAUCAAGGAUAAUCCAGAAUAAGUCGAAAUUAUGAUAAAAAUAGUAUUUAUUUUUUUCUGAGAUAUUUAGAGCAAAAUAUUGUCUGAAAGUUUAAAACAUAUAAAUUUCGACCCUAAAGCAAAUCAUUUAAUUUAUCCUUCUGGUGUUAUAUAAUUGAGAAAGGAUGUGAUCAAAAUUCAUUUAGACGUCUAUUUUCUAUUUGAAAUAUUGUCAUAUGUUUGUUGUAGGAAUAAAUACUACUUCGAAGAUGUAGAUGAUUCAAAAAUAAAAAUGCAUUUUAAUAAAGUUAAAAAACUUUUGUAGACUGAUUAAAAGGAGGAAAGCUCUGAGUCAUAAACUGAAAAUAAUGAUCCAUAGCCGAAUUUAAAUAAUUAAUAUAAUGAGCUUGAUUGA